AUGACGAAGCAAACUAUCGUCGAUGAAUCUCUUCCAUCUCUAGAUAAUACUGAUGAAAAACAAGGCGUUUGGGCAUCAAUAUUACGUGAUGUCAAAUCGUCAACAAAAAAAGCACCUGCAACAAAAUCGCUCGUUGUUCUUGGCGAUAAUGAAAGUGGUCGUACAACAUUAGUGGCUAAACUACAAGGAAAUGAUGAUCCUAAGCGGGGUGCUGGCUUAGAAUAUCAUUAUAUUGAUGUUAGAGAUGACGACCGAGAUGACACUCCAAAAUUGGGCGUAUGGAUACUUGAUGGAGAUGUAACAUGUUCAUCACCUUUACUUAAAUUUGCAAUAAAAUCAGAUACAUUCGAAGAUACAGUUAUUAUUCUUGUUGCCAGUAUGACGCAACCAUGGUCUUUAUUAUCAACAUUAAAAAAAUGGAUAACACUUACUGAGGAGCAUAUUGAUCGACUUAAAUUAGAUCCAACACGUUUACAUGAAAUACGUGAUCGGCUUCAGCACGAUUUUCAACAUUACACAGAGCCAAAUGAUACAUCAAUAAUGAUAACAUCAUCUUCAUCAUCAGCAACUAUAAAAAGUGGAAUAACUGGUGGUCGAAUUCCUAGUUCAGUCUCAUCAGUUUCAUUAGCAUCGGGAACAACACCUGCAAAUAUGAAUAAUAGUGAAGAACAAAUUGUUUUACCACUUCCAGAUGGCGUAUUGACAAGAUCACUCGGAAUUCCUAUUGUUGUUGUUAUUACAAAAUGUGAUGCAAUGGCAACUCUCGAAAAAGAAAACGAUUAUAAAGACGAACAGUUUGAUUUUAUGCAAUAUCAUCUAAGAAAAUUUUGUUUAGAAUAUGGUGCUGCAUUGUUUUAUACGUCUGUAAAAGAGAAAAAAAAUAUGGAUAAAUUAUACAAAUAUAUUUUACAUAAAUGUUAUGGUUAUCCAUUUAUAUCACCUGCUGCUAUUGUUGAGCGUGAUGCUAUUUUUAUUCCAUCUGGUUGGGAUAAUCCAAAGAAAGUCGAUAUUUUAUUGGAAAAUCUUCAUCGUCUGAAACCAACCGAUAAUUAUUCAGAUGUAUUUGUUAAACCUGUUGUUCGUCGGCCAUUACAACGUGAUAAUGAAAUUAUCGCAGCUGAAGAUGAUCAAGAGUUUUUAUCUCGUCUUCAGUUAACACUGAAUCGUGCUGCAUCACCUGGAAGAACUGAUGAAAAUGCUACACCAGUAAUGCCACGUAAUGUAAUGACAACAGGUGCAAACAGUGGCAUCAUUUCCCAAACACCAUCGAUGCCUGGUCGGUCGCGAAACCAACCGAGUACUUCAUCGGGCGGUACAAGUGCGACAGCUAAUGAAGGAGCCUUAGCUAACUUUUUUAAUAGUCUUCUGACAAGAAAAUCAGGAGGUCCAGUAACUCCAACGAAUGCCAGUUCACCUGUCAAUCAGCGGCCAAAUUCAGACAAUAGUGGUGUCGAUUCGAGUUCGAUGGCUAACCAAAAUUCCCAAAAACAACAAGAGCAAUCUUAA